CUCAACUAAAUUCAUUUCCAAACUUUCAUUCAUUCCAAAUCUCAAUACACCAGAAAAUGGCUUACACUUUAAUUGGAUCUGUGAUUAGAACUCUUGCACCUUAUGUCCAAGAGGAGUAUGCAACAUUUAAAGGUGUUAACAAACAUGCUGAAAAGCUAUCAAGAAAUCUCACUGCUAUUCAUGCUGUCCUGAAAGAUGCUGAGGAGAAGCAAAUCACAAGUCAUGCGGUGAAAGUUUGGCUGGAAAACCUUACUGAUGCAGCACAUAUUCUUGAUGAUAUAUUGGACAAAUGUUCAAUCGUUUCUGAAUCAAACAGAGACGACGUGUCCAUCUUCCAUCUUAAGAAGCUAUAUGCUCGUCGUGGCAUUGGAAAGAAGAUGAAAGAGGUAGCUGAAAAGAUUGAUGCUAUUGCUGAAGAAAGAAUCAAGUUUGGAUUACAAUCUGGAAACGUGGAGCGUCAUCUUGAAGAUGAUGAAUGGCGCCAAACUACUUCUUUCAUUACCGAACCCCAAAUUCUUGGAAGAAAUGAGGAUAAGGAAAAGGUUGUUGAGUUUCUUCUAAGGCAUGCUAUUGACAAGGAAGGACUCUCUGUCUAUUCCAUUGUUGGUCAUGGUGGAUAUGGAAAGACAGCACUUGCUCAACUGGUCUUCAAUGAUGAGAGGGUAAAUACUCAUUUUCCUUUGAAAAUAUGGGUUUGUGUUUCUGAUGAUUUUAGUAUGAUGAAGAUUUUGCAGUCGAUCGUAGAAUCCAAAGAUGGGAAAAAUCCAAACCUCUCGACUUUACAAGCAAUGCAAGAAAAGGUUCAAACUAUUUUGCAAAACAAAAGGUAUUUACUUGUCCUUGACGAUGUUUGGAAUGAAGACCAACAUAAAUGGGAUAAGUUCAUGUCUUUUUUGCAAUGUGGAAAUGGAACAAAAGGUGCAUCAGUUUUGGUCACUACACGGCUUGAUACUGUUGUGUCCACUGUAAAAACUGUUGGGGAAUCCCCAAUAGAUGAUAACUCUGUUCAUCGUUUGGUAGGCUUAUCCGAUGAUUCCAUCUGGUCUUUGUUCAAGCAACACGCUUUUGGAGCUGAAAGAGAAGAACGUGCAGACCUUGUAACAAUAGGUAAGGAGAUAGUUAGAAAAUGUGUGGGUUCGCCUCUUGCUGCCAAAGUACUAGGAAGCCUUCUGCGGUUUAAAACUGAGGAAUGUCAAUGGCUUUCUAUAAAGGAAAGUGAGAUUUGGAAUUUAUCUGAUAAUAAAAUUAUAUCAGCUUUAAAUCUGAGCUACUACAAUCUAAAAUUAUCAUUGAAGCCAUGUUUUACAUUUUGUGCUGUAUUUCCUAAAGAUUUUGUAAUGGUGAAGGAAGAUGUAAUUCAUCUUUGGAUGGCAAAUGGAUUUAUUUCCUCCAGAGGAAAUUUAGAGAUGGAGGAGGUUGGCAAUGAGGUGUGGAAUGAACUAUACCAGAGAUCAUUUUUUCAAGAAGUCGAAACACAUGAAGAAGGUAAAGUUACAUUCAAAAUGCAUGAUAUAUUCCAUGAUGUUGCAAGCUCCAUUUUGGGAGAACAAUGUGUAACUUCAAAGGCUGAUACCUUAACUAAUUUGUCAAAAAGAGUUCAUCAUAUUAGUUUUUUCAAUAUUGACGAACAAUUCAAAUUCAGCUUGAUUCCCUUCAAAAAAGUGGAAUCCUUGCGAACUUUUCUUGAUUUUUUUCCACCUGAAUCAAAUUUGGGCGUGUUUCCAUCAAUCACUCCUCUCCGAGCAUUACGUACAAGUUCUUCUCAACUCUCAGCCUUGAAGAAUUUAAUCCAUUUGAGGUACUUGGAACUUUAUGAAAGUGAUACUGAAACUCUUCCUGAGUCUAUUUGCAGCCUAAGAAAAUUACAAACACUAAAACUUGAAUGUUGUUACAACCUUUAUAGUCUUCCCAACAAAUUGACACAGCUCCAAGAUCUCAGACAUCUUGUGAUUAAAGAGUGUCACUCAUUAUCAUCAAUGCCUUUUAAAAUUGGGGGGUUAACUCAUCUGAGAACAUUGAGCAUUUUCAUUGUACGUUCAGAGGCUGGGUUUGGUUUAGCAGAGCUACAUAACUUAGAACUAAGAGGCAAACUACACAUCAAAGGCCUUGAAAAUGUGACGAAUGAAAGGGAUGCUAGAGAAGCUAAGUUAAUUGGUAAGGAGUUAAGUCGCUUAUACUUAUCUUGGAGUGGUACAAAUUCACAGUGUAGUGUUACUGGCGCUGAGCAAGUUCUUGAAGCCCUUGAGCCUCACACGGGUCUCAAAUGUUUUGGGAUGAAGGGUUAUGGGGGAAUAAAUAUUCCAAAUUGGAUGAGAAAUACUUCUAUUUUAGAAGGGUUAGUUGAUGUUAUACUCUAUAACUGUGAAAACUGUCAGCGGCUUCCCCCACUUGGUAAAUUACCUUGUUUAACCACUCUUUAUGUAUAUGCAAUGAGAGAUGUAAAGUACAUUGACGAUGACAUGUAUGAAGGUGCGACCAAGAAGGCUUUUCCGUCAUUAAAGAAAAUGACGUUGCAUGAUUUGCCAAAUUUAGAGAGGGUGUUGAAAGCUGAAGGAGUGGAGAUGUUGUCACAACUUUCCGACUUAACCAUAAAUGGGAACUCUAAGCUUGCAUUUCCAUCCCUUCGAUCUGUUAAGUUUCUUUCUGCUAUCGGAGAAACUGAUUUCAAUGACGAUGGUGCAUCUUUCCUGAGGGGAUUUGCAGCUAGUAUGAAUAAUCUCGAGGAACUUUUCAUUGAAAAUUUUGAUGAACUCAAGGUACUACCUAAUGAACUCAACUCUCUCAGUUCCCUACAAGAACUAAUAAUUAGAUCUUGUCCAAAGCUUGAGUCUGUCCCAGAGUGUGUGCUUCAAGGUUUGAGUUCUCUUCGAGUUUUGUCUUUUACGUAUUGCAAAAGCUUAAUAUCCUUGCCCCAAAGUACGAUAAACCUAACUUGUCUCGAGACUCUUCAAAUCGCCUAUUGCCCCAAUCUCGUUUUACCAGCUAAUAUGAACAUGCUAAGUUCCCUUCGUGAAGUGAGAAUCUUCGGCGAAGAUAAAAAUGGAACAUUGCCAAAUGGAUUAGAAGGUAUCCCCUGUUUGCAAAAUUUGCAGCUGUAUGAUUGUUCUUCUCUUGCAUCCUUGCCACAGUGGUUGGGAGCCAUGACUUCUCUUCAAACAUUAGAAAUCAAAUGGUUUCCAAUGUUAACCUCAUUACCAGAUAGCUUUCAAGAACUCAUAAACUUGAAAGAAUUACGUAUUUCUAACUGUCCCAUGCUUAUGAACCGAUGCAAGAAAGAAACAGGGGAAGAUUGGCAUAAGAUAGCUCACAUUCCUAGAUUGAAAUUGGAAUUUGACGUUGAACCGUCAUUUAAAGAGAAAAUAACGUCAUUAUGGAAGUUGUCGAAGAAGCAAUUCUGGCGUCGCCAUAAGGACUAUUUCCCUUUUGAUGCAUUUGACCAGAUGGUUGAUGAGCUAUGAGUGAAGAGCAUGAAUAUGAUUCAAAUCAUUGGUGGUUUGCAAUUUGUUUGUUUGGGGACUAUUUCCCUUUUGUUUGUUUGGGGAUGUAUUAGAUUUGAUUGGAUUUUCAUCGUUUGUUUCAGUUGGCGCAUGUAGUUUGCAAUUUUUUUGUCU